AUGGUUUCCUCCCCUGUGUCACCCUUCUGGGGCCCGCAGACCUCGUAUUUGAACUUCUGCGAAGAGGACUAUGUGAUCACUCGAUACGUUGGCGAGUUUAUCAACACUCUAAGUAGCUUUGCCUACGUCUUUUUCGGAGUCUAUGGCCUCUUGCAACUUCACCGGAAAGGACAGUCCGGGUCUCGAUCGAUCCCUUAUUACGGAUUGAUCGGGGUAGGCGUUUGCUCGGGCGGCUACCACAUGACGCUGAAGUAUCAUACUCAGAUGUCGGAUGAACUCUCCAUGCAUCUCCUGACCACGCCGUUGGUUUAUCGCAUUCUCACGUUCCAGACGACUCCGCAGUACACGGGCGUGGUGCGGGUUCUUCUCUCGCUUCUUUUCACGAUCGUCAUGGUCGUGCAUAUGGUUAUGGAUGAAUUCCUGCUUCAUGCCGUUACCUUUGGUCUGGCGGUGUAUUUGGUCGCAACGCGGACCUUGAAGCUCAUUCCCCAGCAAGUUACCGAUCCGGUGGCUAGGAAGAAUAUUCAGAAUAUAGCUAUGUUUGGUGUCUUCAGCUUUGCCUUUGGCUACUUUGUGUGGUUGAUUGACGAAUGGGCAUGCGGGUACUUGACCAGCACAAGGCAUUUUGUCGGUCUACCCUGGGCGUUCUUGUUGGAAUUGCACGGAUGGUGGCAUGUCUUCACUGCCACUGGUGGCUAUAUUGCCAUCGCGGUUAUAGACAUGAUCAUUUCGGGUGAAGUGGAUCGGAACGCCACGGAACGUCUUGCGUGGCCUCUUCCUGUCGUGGCGAGGCUCGUGGGAACGGCGAAGCGGGACUAA